UUCCUUAAAUGAUGAGAAUAGUUCUGUUCCUUACCACCCUGCUCCCUGGCCUCAUCCAGGCUGGUCACAUCUGUGAUAUCCCCGGAAUUUGCCCGACUGGAUAUACCUGCGUUCCAGAUACGCCCUACAGCGGAAACUGUGUAGCAGAUAGUGUAUGCCAGGAGGACACUUGUCCUGAGGGAGAAGUAUGCGAGGAAAACGAGGACAAGACCCACACUUGCAUGUGCCCUCCAGGUACCGAGCGAAGUGAGACAAACUGCGUGGAGUUCUGUGAUCUCCCUAACGCAUGUCUUGAUCCUCUGAUGGAAUGUAUCCCUACGGACACGUCCUAUAACUGUGUUUGUCCUGAGAACUACCUAGUUCAAAACGGUCUCUGUCUGCCAGGAUGCCAGACUGAAGUGUGCCCGGAGAAGAUGGACUGCCUCCUGGAGCUGAACAACACCAUCUCGUGUCUGUGUGGGGAAGGAGAAGUAGUAGGAGGAAAAGACUGUGUUCCCGCCUGCAAGUCCGACUCUUGUCCUGACCAUAUGGAGUGUGAAACAGAUACGGACAGCUUUAAGUGUCUGUGUCCAGCUGGGUUUAUCCUCACAGCAGAGGAGCAGUGUGUGCCGGAGUGCGAGGUAGAGCCAUGUGAAGAGGAGGACAGCUGUGUUGCACACGAGGGAGUGUACCAGUGCUGCCCGGAGGGACACUUACCUCACCCGGAUACUAGAGAGUGCACUCCUACCUGCCUCAUACCCAACAUCUGUCCUGCAGGUCUGGAGUGUCUCAACCACAAACAUGAGAAUGCCUCGUUCAGCUGCAUCUGUCCUGAUCACUCAGUCUUCAACGCUGAUGGAGAGUGUGUGGACUUCUGUGAAGUGGAGUUCUGUCCAUCUGGAAUGGAAUGUUCAGCCACUGAAGGAGGCUUCAACUGUACCUGCUCUGAGUCGGAGGAGUGUAAACAAUGCAGUGAUAACCCCUGUGACCAGGACUUUAUCUGUGUUCAAGGGGACUUCACUCACCAGUGUAUCUGUGACGAGGGCUACCAGCUGAAACACGGCCGAUGUGUGGAUAUGAACGAGUGCGAGUAUGAUAUCUGCAACAUCUCAGGAGCUGAAUGCACCAACAUGGAAGGGAGCUACCAGUGCACCUGCCCCAGGAACUCUUACUACAACGACACAUCUAACGCUUGUGAUAGGUACAACAUGUGUGAUGUAGAUCCUUGUGAGACCUCAAAAACAGGGAUGUCUUGUAGAGAUCUGGGAGUAGGAUUCGCCUGUUUGUGUCCUGAAGACUACCCUGAGGAUCUGUGCGCUGAACAGGAACCCUGUGACUGCGGAGAGAAUGAAGAGUGUGUGGAGGCUGAUGGGAAAUACUUCUGCCAGUGCGACAAGUCCUCAUUCAAACCCAUUAGUUACGGGGCACAGGCCUGUAUACCAGAUCCUGAGGUAAAAAAUGCUGGGAUCAUUAACCCUAAGAAAGGAGUCACCUUCACCCUAAGACUAGGAGAAACAGACAAAAUUUCCCUGAAACUCAAGGACAGUGAUAGGGACAGGAGAUCACCCUGGCAUCUGGUUUCGUGGUACAAGGCUGAUCGGGGUCUCAAGAUCACCGGAGGAAGAGCAACAACUCCAGCGGGACACUUCUCAACUCCCCACUACAGACAGCAAGUUGUUCUGCAGAAUAUAAGACCAGAGGACAGGGGUCUUUACAUGGUCCGGAUUGAGAAACCUGGCUAUAGGACUGUCUCCGACAAAGUCACCGUGAAGAUUGAGGACCCAAUCACCGCGAACUACGGACCUAAAAACAUCAAAGGAGGAAAUUACUGGGGGUUCAAAGUGCACCUUAACGCCAAGCUAGAGGACUACAAGAUCACGUGGUACAGGGACAUAGCAGGACACUUGGAACUGCUGCAAGAUGACGGGGACAGUGUGAAGUAUGAGCAGGCAGGACGACAGUUGACAGUAGAGAAGAAAGCUGGGGUCUACCUUGCUAGACUCAGGGGUACUCUACCUGGACCUAGUGGAACACUGGUCACUGGGGAGGUCAAAUUCCCAGCAGAUAAAUAGAACUCACAGUAAAGUGAACAAUUUAAGUUUUUGAAAUUCCAGAACUCAUUUACAGUAUUCGAAUUUAUAGUUGUAAUAAUUUUUGUUUGAUUUUGCUGUGA